CACGUUCAAAUUACCUGACGACGUGUCACACCUUCAAACACGCGAGGCUGACGUCAUUGCGAUAGUUUUGAAGAAACUGACGUCACCCCUUGCCGUCGGUGACGCGGUCGACGACGUUGGAGGAUCCAUGGCGGGCGCUGUGCAGGCGCCGUGGUGGAGCUCGUGGGAGGCGGCGCUGCUGCCGCCUCCUCCCGCCGCCGCCGCGGUCACUCCGCUGGGGCUCCUCGUGGCGCUGCUCGUCCUCGUCCUCACCCUGGGAGCUUUGUGGUUCGCGCGACGCGGGAGGGAGGCGAGGAGGAGCGUCGUGCUGCUGCUAGGACCAAGCAACGCGGGGAAGACUCUCAUGUUCAUACGCUUGCUGACGGGGACACACAGGGACACACACAUGUCCUUCGAGGUGAACUCUGCCCCAUAUCAAGCAGCACCCAACAAGGGAGUGGUGACGCUGGUGGACGUUCCAGGCCACGCCAGCGUUCGUGUCGAUGCCAUUGAGCGCUUGAAGCACGGAGUGAGGGCGGUGGUGGUGGUGGUGGACAGUGUCGCCUUCCAGAAGGAGGUCAAGGAGGUGGCUGAGACUCUAUACGCCGUGCUCACAGACAAGGCCCUGAGCAGGCCCGGCACGCCCGUUCUCAUCGCCUGCAACAAGCAGGAUAUCGGCUUGGCCAAAUCUGCCUCCCUCAUUAAAAUGCAACUGGAGAAAGAGUUGACGACCCUGCGGGUGACCCAGGCGGCCGCCCUUUCCUCCACGACGGGACGCGGCGGCGGCGGCGGCGGCGGCGCCCUGGGGGGGGGCGGCCCGGGGGGGGGGCGGUCGGCGUUCAGCUUCUCCCAGCUGGGGGCGGGCGGCGUGGAGUUCACGGAGUGCGACGCUCGAAGCGACGGAGGCCUGAGCAGCGUUGUCACCUGGCUGGCUCACCUGGGGUAGACUCACCUGGGGUGGACUCACCUGGGGUAGACUCACCUGGGGUAGACUCACCUGGGGUAGACUCACCUGGGGUGGACUCACCUGGGGUGGACUCACCUGGGGUAGACUCACCUGGGGUAGACUCGCUCACCUGGGGUAGACUCGCUCACCUGGGGUAGACUCACCUGGGGUAGACUCACCUGGGGUAGACUCACCUGGGGUGGACUCACCUGGGGUAGACUCACUCACCUGGGGUGGACUCACCUGGGGUGGACUCACCUGGGGUAGACUCACCUGGGGUAGACUCGCUCACCUGGGGUAGACUCACCUGGGGUAGACUCACCUGGGGUAGACUCACUCACCUGGGGUAGACUCACCUGGGGUGGACUCACCUGGGGUGGACUCACCUGGGGUAGACUCACCUGGGGUAGACUCACCUGGGGUGGACUCACCUGGGGUGGACUCACCUGGGGUAGACUCACUCACCUGGCUCCCUCACCUGGGGUAGACUCACUCACCUGGGGUAGACUCACCUGGGGUAGACUCACUCAC